AUGACUAGUCAAAUACAAUUAAAUACAAUCAAAUUAUCUAUACUAUCUUUAUCAAGGGAAAAAUCUUGGUUAUUCACGAAUUCAAUACUUCAAUUACUAUAUCAUUCAAUUGAAGAAUAUAAGGAUGAAGAUGAAGUAAAUUGUAACAAUCAAAACAAUUUGGAUGAUUCAGAUAAUGAUUAUGAUGAUGAAUAUAGCUCAUCUUCAAUAUCCUCGUAUGAAAGUGAUGAAAAUUUGAGAAAGUCAAUUGACAAUACGUCAAAGAUUAAAAUUGAAGAUAAAACAGAAAAUCAAGAUCAGGAUGAUUUAUUCUUUCAUAUUUCAUAUACUCCAUGUGAAGUAACAAUCAUCUGCCUGAAACGUCUAAUGAGUAAAUUAUUUUCCAAUCCUAUUCAAUUAUGUAAAGAGUUAAAUUUCGACGAUGUUGAAUUAAUUGAGCAAGAUUUUCUUAGUUUGAUAGUUGAAUCUGAUGGAUCAUUCGAUAAGAGUUUAAGAAUUUUAGAACUUACGAAACCAUUAUCUGAAAAUAACAUAUCUUUAUUUUAUUUAUCUUCACAUUUUAAUGAUAUUGUAUUAUUCCCCAUUCAAUUCAAAAAUAAAGUUGUCAAAAUCCUUCAUGAAAAAUUUGAAUUCGAGACUGCCUUUGACUUUGAUGAUGAUGAUGAUAUAUCAGCUCAUGAGUUAAAUGAAUUGGAAAUAUUUGAAAAGUUGAAAAAGAAUUACAUAUCUCCAAUCAUUAAUGAGAGAGUUAAGUUACUUUUGACUGGGUCCAGAUCAAAUGAAGUCAAGAAUUCAAUUUUAAAAAUCGCAAAAAUCUUAUCUACAACAAACCUAAUACCGAAAUAUUUCACAAUUACAAGAACUUCCUUCACUGAAUUAUCAUUAAUCUUGCCCAAACUGACUAAAAAACGAGCAAAAUUGGGAUUCGAUGCUAAAUAUAUCAUUGGAAGUGUUCAAGACACAAUCAUACCCAUCACUAUCGAUUUACAUCAAUUACCAAUAGAUACAACUGGUAUUGUUGCAAGUUUAGCUAAUAAAUUAAUCAAAAAUGGAGAUAAUUUAAUUGAAUUAAAUUAUUUCUCAAUGGCUAAAUCUGGUAUUAUAAUGGUUCCAAUCGAGAAUUUAGAAUUAGUAAGUAGUAUAUUGAAAAAUAUAUAA